UGAUUGAAUCCCAGAAAUUAUUUUCUGGGCACGAAUCAUUUGUGGAGAAAACAAACAGGGGAGAUUGAAGAUGUGAUUCUGGAGUGAUGUGGACAGAGGAGGACUAUUUGGGCCGUAAAUGGGCUUUUUCUUUACGCAAAUUCGGGCCGACAAACUUUUUGUAGUAUGGGCUGAAACGUUAGUUUUUUCUGGUUUGGUAAUUAACGUGAAAACCCGCUUUUGGUGCUAAGAAAGAAAAGUAAACCACGUUUCUUAAAAUGUAAAGGAAACUUUUUCGUCAAAGGCAAGUAAUUUAUCCAAUUUAAUUCCUCCUUAUCCACACUUUAUUAUAUAUUUCUGUAACGUAUUUAUGUAUAUAUAUGUAAUACUAUAUAAGAUGUUCAUAAUUCAAGGCUGAUUUCUGUUAUUUGUGUAGGGGAUUCUCUUUAUAUAAUUAACUUUGGUUUGACCAAUCAAAUAUCUCCAUAUUAUUAUAUAUAUAAGAUGGUCAAAUGAUAUGAAAAAUUAAUUAUUAAUUCUUUCAAACUUUUUUUUUUUCCUGCAAUUUGCAUUUUCCAUCGUUACCAGAGAUUAUCAAGUUCAUAAGGAUGUUAAAGCCCGAAUUUCUACUGAUAUGGUUCUCCCUCCUCAUAAUUGGGCCCGAAAUCCGAUUUUCCCGGGCCGACAUUGGCACCGCCAGCCAGUACAUCCCUCCGUACUUACCGACGGCGUGUUACGGAAAUGACGUGUCGCAGUUCCCGACGAGCAACCUAUUCGCCGCGGCAGGGGAGGGGCUGUGGGACAAUGGCGCCGCCUGCGGGCGGCAGUACUUGGUGCGGUGCAUCAGCGGCUCGCUGCCGCAGGCGUGCUUGGUUCCCGGGGAGACGAUCCAAGUUAGAAUCGUCGACCGGGCCCAAACGUCGGUUUCUCGGCCCAGUCGAGAUGGGACUAGCCUCGUGUUAUCCAAUACUGCUUUCCAAACAAUUGCCAAUCCUGCGGUUCCCUACUUGAACAUCGACUUUCAACAGCUAUGAGCUCGAUUAGCCGGCCCGGCGGCCCGGGGAAGCCGACGGUUGUUAGUUGAAAAUUUUAGGUGAAUGGACAUUUAUAAUUAUUUAUUGUAUUUUUUUUAUGAUGUAAAAAGAACUGAAUAUUGAUAGUACUUUAAUUUCUCCAUAAUUUCUAUAUUUAUUGUUUAAUCUCUU